UCUGUGUGUCCUGUCACAGCUUCCUGCGGCUAAAGGCUUUGUGGCUGACAGCUUUUAUUCAGGCCUGACGCCCACGGAGUUCUUUUUCCACACUAUGGCUGGUCGAGAGGGCUUGGUGGACACCGCCGUUAAAACAGCAGAGACCGGAUACAUGCAGAGGCGUCUGGUGAAGUCGUUGGAGGACCUGUGUUCCCAGUAUGAUCUGACGGUACGGAGCUCCACGGGUGACAUCAUCCAGUUCGUCUAUGGGGGGACGGCCUGGACCCGGCCGCCAUGGAGGGGAAAGAUGAACCGCUGGAGUUCAACAGAGUUCUGGACAACAUCCGGUCUGUCCAUACGUGUUCAGAGCAGCCAGCCCUUAGUAAGAAUGAGUUGGUCCUGACGGCAGAGUCCAUCAUGAAGAGGAGUGACUUCAAGUGGCUGCCGAGACAGCUUCCUGGAGGUAAAUAACUAUCACGUAUCCACUUGACUGCUUCU